AUGUACAAUGAUGCCGUCAAAACAAUGUACGGGUAUGCGGUACCUGUCCCUCUUACCAAUGGGGGUUGUCUCACAAUGCUGUCUGUGAUUAACGCCCUUGAACAACUGGACCAAACAUGUGGCUGUGUAUUUGGAAACAUUGAAUCCGCAGUUCAGAGUUCACGUGAGAGGUUGGAAGGACUUAAGGAGCGUAUUGAAAUGUGCGCUGCACGUGUUCAACAACUGCACGGGCGUCGCGAGGCGAUAAUGGUUAAGAGCCGGUCUCGGUUUCCUAAGGGUUGCUAUCGUACCAUGCACCUUGCACAGGCUCCACUGGAAACACGGGAUUAUUUACUGCGGCAUCAGCAUCCCAUAUUGCCAGCAUUGUUCGCCGUGGACACCUCCGACUGUGACACGGAAGCCUCAGUGUACAGCGAGAAGGGCGCUGGCCUCCUCAACAAUGACAAAAAUAGUGUCCUUGAUGACCAGCAGUGUGGCGAGCUAGGGCGAGACAACUUUUACCAUCGGCCGAUUCAGCGCCUUGAAGGGAAGGUGGAGGCGCAGGGGCCUGUAAAACCGCAGCACCCUUUACAUCGCGCGGGGCUGGCUGACGCUAUGCCGUUGGCGGCAUUGUGGCGGUAUCACAGCGUAGCAGAAAGAGGGCUUGGACGUCUGCCGCGGCAACUGAUGAGUGUCAGCUCACUGCUCCUGUUUAACACUCGCGAAAAUCUCUACAAGGAGUACCAUGAGUUAGAUGUUCUGAAACAGCAGAGGGAGGAGCGUGUGGUAGCAACCAGGCGGCGACUUGGUGGCGCGGCCGAUGUGCACCGGGACUACAUGACACGAUUCUCCUCUGAUGAAUAUGCCUUUGUUCCGCUUAUGGAAGAGGUGGUAAACCUUAUGAAUGACCUUCCAGAGGAUCUGCCACUGGAAGGCAUCGCUGAUGUUGCCUGGCACGCAUACACACUGGAGGCGGAGGAUAAUAUUGCACCCAGUUGGCAGCGGCGGCUUGGUGAGGAGAGUGCAGUAGCAACAGAGAGCACAAGGUCUCUACGUGAUGGCGAAAAGACGCAAGGUCACACACUAUCAAUCACCCUCGGCCCGACAGCAACAAUAACGCCGUCGUCGUUUAUUACCUCUUCUUUUGCGCCUGAGGUCUUGCCGCCAGCAGUGUUGCCGCCGCCAUUACCGCCUACGGGUAAAGCACCGCCACCACCACCACCACUGCCAUUGCCGCCCAAGGGUAAAGAGCCACCGCCGCCGCCGCCGUUGCCGCCCACGGGUAAAGCACCGCCACCACCACCACCGCCGCCACCACCACCACCACCGCCGAUGAUGAUGAAGACAACAACAGCGACGACAAUGGCCAAAGAGAUGGCAGUGAGUCCUUUGCCACAGCCACCAUCCAUGCCGCCAGCUGUCAGGAUUCUUCAUGUGCUUGGUAACCCCCCUCCUGCACCACCACCUCCGCCACCACCAGCGAAGAGUGCCCUCACGAGACCGCCGUCAAAGACAGAGUCUAGACCAGCUCCCAAGGUUGCACCAAAGAGCAAUUUGGGCACACUCUCUUCCCUUCUUGCUAAUCGCCGGAGGGGCAUUCUUGGAAUGCACUCGGACGAGGAUGAGGAAGAGGUACUUCGGUCUGCUCCCUCGAAGGGAGUUAGAAACGCUAAAGAGUCAGCUUCCCAAGCAGUGACGGCACCGCCACUCUCUGCUGCAAAGGCGGUCCUGCCUCCACCACCACCACCGCCAGUACCGGGUAAGUUCCCCCCGAGGCAUAUGGACGAUGAUGAUGAUGAUUGGUAG